AUGGAGCUCGUCAAAAAGCAGGAGACCGAGGAGUACUCAAUAAAGCCAGAGGCUACCACAGCGCCUAUUGAUACCUCAACAUGGCCUCUGCUGCUUAAAAAUUACAAUAACCUUCUUGUUCGGACUGGUCACUUUACCCCAAUUCCCAAUGGCUGCGCUCCAUUGAAGCGGGAUCUCAAGAGUUACAUCAGCAGCGGCGUAAUUAAUCUCGACAAACCGAGUAACCCUAGUUCCCACGAAGUUGUUGCGUGGGUCAAGAGGAUUUUAAGAUGCGAGAAGACCGGUCACAGUGGCACUUUGGAUCCUAAAGUUACUGGUUGUCUUAUUGUCUGCAUUGACCGUGCAACUCGCUUGGUUAAGUCUCAGCAGGGAGCUGGAAAGGAGUACGUUUGCGUCCUUCGUCUUCACGACAAAAUUCUGUCAAAAGAGCAAUUGGCCCGUGCACUUGAGACUUUGACCGGUGCCCUGUUCCAACGUCCACCAUUGAUUUCUGCGGUCAAGCGUCAACUACGUAUUAGGACGAUCCAUGAGUCUAAACUUCUCGAGUUCGAUAACGAUAGGCAUCUUGCCGUGUUCUGGGUUAGCUGUGAGGCUGGUACCUAUAUCAGAACCUUGUGUGUUCAUUUGGGACUGUUGCUAGGGGUUGGUGCACACAUGCAGGAGUUGAGGCGUGUUCGAUCUGGGGCUUUGAGUGAAAACGACAGCAUUGUCACACUACAUGAUAUUUUAGAUGCGCAAUGGCUUGCCGAUAACACACGCGAUGAAUCCUACCUUCGUCGUGUUAUUCGCCCCUUGGAAUCCCUUCUCACCACAUACAAACGUAUCGUUGUCAAGGACAGUGCGGUCAACGCUGUGUGUUAUGGUGCCAAGCUCAUGAUCCCUGGUCUUCUCCGUUACGAGGCUGGAAUUGAGGUUGGCGAAGAGGUUGUGUUAAUGACCACUAAGGGCGAGGCUAUUGCUCUGGGGAUUGCUCAAAUGUCCACCGUUGAACUCUCAACCUGCGAUCACGGUGUUGUCGCAAAAGUGAAGAGAUGCAUCAUGGAGCGGGAUCUUUACCCCCGCCGCUGGGGUUUGGGGCCUGUGGCUCUUGAGAAGAAAAAGAUGAAGGUUGACGGAAAGCUUGACAAAUAUGGCCGUCCUAACGAGUCUACCCCCCAGACUUGGAAGAAGGCAUACACUGACUUCAAUGCGCCUGCCGAAUCUGACCUUAGGGUUAUUGAAGCUGAUGAUGUUGAGAAGCCCAUCACUUCUGAUGUUGGCAGGAUUGAUGUGGAAAUGACCACUCCAGGAGACGAGGGUUCCGAUGAUGAAAAGGAAGAUUCCGGCGACAAAAAGAAGAAGAGGAAAACUGGAGAGACGGAAGAGGAGAGAGCUGAGCGUAAAAAGAAGAAGAAGGAAAAGAAGGAGAAAAAGGAUAAAAAGGAUAAAAGGGACGAGUAG